UGUAUAAGAAUAUAUGGAGAAAUUGCGAUGACUCAGAACUUUUGUUUUUUUUUACUACUGUAACGUCAUCAAACACGACAUGCGCAGAACGCGUUGUAAAUGUAAAAUAUGGGAUAGCCCAUUGAGUCUAAUAGAACUCAAUUGAUAGCCCUAUAUCAAAAUUUGUCUUUUGAGGCAAGGAAGACGUAUGAAAUGGCUUGUCGUCCUAAUGUUUACGAAAGUGGAUACGAAGAAUCGAGAUUUAAGACUGCUGUUGAUGAAAAUUUUUACUGUUCCAUUUGUCUGAAUGUCAUGAAAGAUGCCAGAAUGUGCCAUAAUCAACACAGUUUUUGUCGUGAAUGUAUUGAAGAACAUCUACGAGUUAAUGUACAAAGAUGUCCUCAAUGUCAAGAUGAUUUAACUGUAGCUACGCUUCAUCCAGCGCGUGUUAUAAAUAAUAUGAUUUCAAAGUUAAAGAUCAACUGCGACUACGCCAGUCGUGGUUGUCCUGAAUUUAUAAAUGUCGAAGAUCUUGAAAGACAUGUUGAAAAUUGUGGCUUUGCUCCAGUGUUGUGUUCUAAUGAACGUUGUGGUCUGGAAAUAAACAAACGAGACAAGAUUAAACAUGAAACUGAAUUAUGUGAAUACAGAAAGAUUGCUUCUCACGACUUUCGAGAGAUUAGCGAAAUGUUUCAACGAAGUUUUGAAGACAAAAUGGAAAUGGAAAUGCAAAUGAACAACUUAAGCAGGAAAAUAGACGAAAAAUUUUUUGAAGUAAAAGAUUCCGUGAAACCAUUGACAUCUCAGUAUAAAGAAAUGAUGGAAUCUGUAGUAGAAAAUGUUGAACAAAAUCUUUCUACAGUGACCAAAGAAAUGAUGGAAUCAAGGAAAGAAAUAAAAGAUGUUCAACAAAACCUUUCUGCAGUGACCAAAGAAAUGAAAGAAAUGAAAACCAUGAUGUUUCAAAUGUUGGAAAAGAUGAAUAUAAAUGAACAACAUGUUCAAACAUUGACAUCAUCAAUUGAAAUGGUCAUGAACUCUGUAAAAUGUGAUAUUUUGAUUGCUGGAGGUAACUUAGGUGAUUCCUCAAAGAGUGCUGAAAUAUUUUCAUGGAAGGAGGAGAAAUGGUUUAAUAUUGCAUCAAGGGAAAAUGAACACAGGUGGCCUUCAUCGUUUAUUUAUAAUGAUAAUUUAUUUGUUGUUGGAGGAAUGGACUGCAAGUCAAUGGAGACAUUGAAUAUAAAACAGUUUCCUUUGACAUGGAGAAAAUUUCCCACAAAGCUUCCUUAUGACUGUGAGGGUCAUCAAACUGUUGUUUAUAAACAACAAAUCUUUCUCAUUGGAGGAUACAUUGGUGGUAAAGGAAAAUCAGAUUUGAUCAGUGAAAUAAAAAUCACUGGUACAACAUCUCAUGCUGUGAAAGAGUUGUGUCAUAUGCCUGAACCACGUUAUGGCCAUGGAGCUGUUGUUGUUGAUGAUAAAGUUCUUAUUUUUGGAGGAGAGGGAAAAGAUAGGAAAGUUUUGUCCAGUGUUUUGGAAUUUGAUCCAAGGACUCUUACAUUCAAGGAAAUGCCUCCAUUACCUCAUCCAUUAACUGACAUGGCAACAGUUCAAUGGAGAGAUCAAUUUGUUCUUCUUGGAGGUGAUGAUGGAAGAGAAAGGUUGAACAGUGUUAUCAUGUAUGAAACUAAGACAGGUAAGAUUACAGUCUUACCAUCCAUGUUGGAAAAGAGAUAUGAGUGUUGUGCAGUUAUAUCAGAUGAUACAAUUGUUGUCAUGGGAGGUUCGAAUGAUAAAGGUGAUAUUCUUAAUUCAGUGGAGUGUUUCAAAAUGGGAUGUAGUUCUUCAUGGAAAUAUCUUCCUUCAAUGAACGAGCUACGACACUUCUCCAUAGCCGAAGUUUUACCUUUUGGACAAAAGUAUGUAUAAGUAAGAAAACGUGCAUCAAACGUUAUAACUUACUAAAAAUUCUUGUAGCUUACACUGGAUGAUAAAUAUGUAAAGUUAAAUGUGUAAACCUUUAAAGCCUGUUGAGAAAUUAUUUCUCCACUGAUUCACCGUAAUGAUAUAUACUGUAUAUUGCAAGUUGUAUCAUAAAAUACUAUAUACAGCACAUGUCUAUCACAAACUUUGGUCACCAAUUAAGAAUUAUAUAUUUACAUGUUAUUUAUAUAAA